GUGAGUUCUUAGCAAAUAGGGAGUCGCUGAUGGCACUCCUGGCCUCCGAACUGUAGGCGGCGCUGUGGUCUGUGUAGCCUCUUGGGAGCUGGUGGUUCACCGCGCAAGCGCCCUUAGGACUUCUUCUCUGUGUCCACGUGUGAACUGUCUGGGCAGCAGUUUCGAGAAAAAUGCCCAAAUUCAAGGCGGUCCGCGGGGUUGGAGUUCAGGAAAAACACGCGCCCCUUGCCGAGCAGAUUCUCGCUGGGGACGCGGUGCGGGCAGGGGCCCGUGAGAAGCGGCGGGGUCGCGGAACCGAAGAAGAGGAAGAGUAUGUAGGGCCCCGGUUGACCCGACGGAUUUUGCGGCAAGCACGGCAGCAGCAGGAGGAGCUCGAGGCCGAACAUGGGACUGGGGGCAAACCCGCGGCGCCCCGGGAGCGCAUCACGCGCCUGGGUCCAGGAAUGCCGAAAGAUGGAUCAGAUGACGAGGAUGAAGAGUGGCCCACCCUGGAGAAGGCUGCCACAAUGACAGGGGUGGGCCACCACGCAGAGGUUGUUGUGGACCCUGAGGAUGAGCGUGCCAUUGAGAUGUUCAUGAAUAAAAACCCUCCUGCCAGGCGCACCCUGGCUGACAUCAUCAUGGAGAAGCUGACUGAGAAGCAGACGGAAGUUGAGACCGUGCUGUCCGAAGUGACAGGCUUCCCUACGCCCCAGCUGGACCCCCGGGUCCUGGAGGUCUACAGAGGAGUCCGGGAAGUGUUAUCCAAGUACCGCAGUGGGAAGCUGCCCAAGGCGUUUAAGAUCAUCCCUGCGCUCUCUAACUGGGAACAGAUCCUCUACGUCACAGAGCCCGAGGCCUGGACUGCUGCUGCCAUGUACCAAGCCACAAGGAUUUUCGCCUCUAACCUGAAGGAACGCAUGGCCCAGCGCUUCUUCAACCUUGUCCUGCUCCCCCGGGUACGGGAUGACAUUGCUGAAUACAAACGACUGAAUUUCCACCUCUACAUGGCACUCAAGAAGGCCCUGUUCAAGCCUGGAGCCUGGUUUAAAGGGAUCCUGAUCCCACUGUGUGAGUCGGGCACCUGUACCCUCCGGGAAGCCAUCAUCGUGGGUAGCAUCAUCACCAAAUGCUCCAUCCCCGUGCUGCAUUCCAGCGCGGCGAUGCUGAAAAUUGCUGAGAUGGAAUACAGUGGUGCCAACAGCAUCUUCUUGCGACUGCUGCUAGAUAAGAAGUAUGCACUGCCCUACCGCGUGCUGGAUGCGCUGGUCUUCCACUUCCUGAGGUUCCGGACAGAGAAGCGUGAACUACCUGUGCUCUGGCACCAGUGCCUCCUGACUUUGGCCCAGCGCUAUAAGGCAGACCUGGCCACAGAGCAGAAGGAGGCCCUCCUGGAGCUGCUCCGGCUGCAGCCCCAUCCACAGCUGUCCCCUGAGAUCAGGCGUGAGCUUCAGAGUGCAGUACCCCGGGAUGUGGAAGAUGUUCCCAUCACCAUGGACUGAGGAAACACUCAUCCUGGUCUGAGGGGCACGGGAGGACACCAGGAUCCCCGUCUGGUGACUAACAGUGACAUUGAGCCUUUGUAGCUAAAGACCCAGUUUUGGGCAGUGACGGCUCAUGGGCAUCUGGGACUCCCCAGAACCUGACGGGGGAGACUGAGCGUCUGGCUGCUCCUUUUUCCAUCCUAGCCCAUCGCUCCUGCCCAUUUCUGGAACCUCUUUGAGAUUCCACACCCAGCAUUCCCACUGCCCUGCUUGGGCUUGGAGUGCUUUUCUCUAUCAGGCUGUUGUGUCACAUCACUGGGUUGUGGAUAAAAAGGCAGGUAUUUAUUGA